CUUUAAGUAGUUAGAUAGCUGCAAUACAAGAGGCCGCGAACUUAUAGCACGCGCUGUUCUUUCGAUCGAGUUGAGUGCGUAGUAUAGUGGGUGAGCCAAAAAAGUUUCAGGAUUUCUUUAGUGUGGACAUAACCGACAACAAAUUCAAAUAUGAUUCUUCGACCAACAUGUAAAAUAAGGACUUUUGUGUUUUUGCUUGUGAUAGUGAUUUUAUUAGUACACGUUGUUUCAUCAGAAAGGGUAUCCCGAAGACGGUUACGUAGGCCCACAAAAUCUUCAGCAUCAUCAGAAUCAAAAGACCAAGAAGUAUCAUCCAGUAUAUCAAAACUAAGAAGAACUAGACCUAACCAUCGAAAAGCAUCCGAGAAUACGUUACCAUCGUCCAAGAAAGAUAAAGAUGACCACAGUAAAGUUGUUUGUUAUUACACCAAUUGGUCCCAAUACAGAGUAAAAAUUGGAAAGUUUACACCCGAAGACAUCCUUCCUGAUUUGUGUACCCAUAUCAUUUUUGCGUUUGGUUGGCUGAAAAAAGGAAAAUUGUCGUCAUUUGAAAGCAACGAUGAGACUAAAGAUGGUAAAAUUGGGUUAUACGAGAGGAUAGGGAAAUUAAAGAAGGCCAAUCCAAAUCUUAAAACUCUACUUGCUAUUGGUGGUUGGUCCUUCGGUACCCAAAAAUUUAAAGAUAUGGCGGCAACAAGAUAUUCUAGACAAACAUUUAUUUACAGUGCCAUUCCAUUCUUGAGGCAAAGAAACUUUGAUGGACUAGACAUGGAUUGGGAAUAUCCUAAAGGAUCUGAUGAUAAAAAGAAUUAUGUGCUUCUAUUAAAAGAACUACGAGAAGCAUUCGAAGCAGAAUCUCAAGAAAUCAAGAAAAACCGCCUCCUCCUUACAGCCGCUGUACCUGUAGGUCCAGAUAACAUAAAAGGGGGAUACGACGUCCCAGCUGUAGCAUCAUAUCUUGACUUCAUCAACCUUAUGGCUUACGAUUUCCACGGCAAAUGGGAAAGGGAAACAGGACACAACGCUCCGCUGUACUCACCUAGCAGCGACAGUCAAUACCAAAAGCAAUUGAAUGUUGAACAUGCGGCAAACCUCUGGGUUAAGUUGGGCGCUCCCAAGGAGAAAAUGGUAAUAGGAAUGCCUACCUAUGGAAGAUCGUUUACUUUAUCAGAUACUAGUAGACAUGGUGUACAUGCUCCUAGUAGUGCUGGUGGUAAAGAAGGUCCUUAUACAAAGGAAGGGGGAUUUUUGGCCUACUAUGAGGUAUGUGAAAUGCUAUUGAAUGGAGCAACGUACUAUUGGGACGAUGAAAUGAAAGUACCAUAUGCGGUUCAUGGAGAUCAAUGGGUAGGGUUUGAUGAUGAAAAAUCUAUUAGAUACAAAAUGAAGUGGAUAAAAGACAGCGGAUACGCCGGAGCUAUGGUUUGGGCAAUUGAUAUGGAUGAUUUUACUGGAACAGUAUGUGGUGGAGAAGUUAAAUUUCCACUUGUAGGUGCCAUGAGAGAAGAAUUAAGAGGAAUAUCUCGUGGAAAAGAUACAAAAGACGUUGAUUGGAUGAAAAUUGCAGGACCAUCCGAAGAUGAAGACGACGACGAAGACAAUGAAGACGAAGAAAAACCAAAACCAAUUAAAAUAUCAGUGUCAGAUGUACUGAAACGGGUUAGAAAACCAUCUUCAAAGAAAAGAACAUCUAGCGAUGCAUUGGCAAAGAGGGAAAAGAUUAACAAAAAGAUACGAAAACCUCAAGUAUUUUGCUAUAUGACGAGUUGGUCCUACAAGCGUCCAAGUUCUGGUAAAUUUACACCUGAAGACAUUGACGCAACGCUUUGUACUCAUAUAGUUUAUUCAUUUGCUACUCUAAAAGAUCACAAAUUGGCAGAAGGUAACAGUAAAGAUCCUGAAAUGUAUGAACGAGUAAUUGAGUUAAGAGAUAAACAUCCGGAUUUGAAGGUUCUGCUGGCAAUUGGUGGAUGGGCAUUUGGUUCCACUCCAUUCAAAGAACUGACAGGAAACGUUUUUAGAUCAAAUCAGUUUGUUUAUGAUGCAAUUGACUUUUUAAGGGAUUACAAAUUUAAUGGUUUAGAUGUUGAUUGGGAAUAUCCAAGGGGAGCCGAUGACAGAGUUGCUUAUGUCAGUUUGUUAAAAGAACUGAGAGUAGCCUUUGAAGGUGAAGCUAAAUCCAGCGGUCAGCCUAGGUUGCUACUCACAGCUGCAGUUCCUGCGUCAUUUGAAGCUAUCGCAGCAGGAUACGACGUUCCUGAAAUUUCAAAGUAUUUAGAUUUUAUUAAUGUGAUGACUUACGAUUUUCACGGUCAAUGGGAAAGAACUGUAGGCCAUAAUGCUCCACUGUUUCCGUUAGAAAGUGCUUCAAAGUACCAGAAGAAAUUAACUGUGGAUUACUCAGCAAGAGAAUGGGUCAAACAAGGCGCCCCAAGAGAAAAGCUUAUGAUUGGUAUGCCUACCUAUGGUAGAAGCUUCGAAUUAUUAAACACAACUCAAUUUGACAUCGGAGCUCCAGCAAGUGGUGGUGGUACACCUGGAAAGUAUACUUCUGAAGCUGGGUUCAUGAGCUACUAUGAAAUUUGCGAUUUUCUGCACGAAGACAAUACUACUCUGGUUUGGGACAAUGAACAACAAGUGCCAUUUGCCUAUAGAGGUAAUCAGUGGGUUGGAUUUGAUGACGAAAGAAGUUUAAAGACUAAGAUGGCUUGGCUUAAAGAAGAAGGUUUUGGAGGUAUAAUGAUUUGGUCUGUUGAUAUGGAUGAUUUUAGAGGAACAUGUGGAAGUGGUAAAUUUCCAUUAAUUAACGCUAUGAGACAAGAACUAGAAGGUUACAAAGUAAAACUCGAAUACAGCGGUCCUUAUGAGACCAGCAUCUCUUCUGGACAAUAUACAACAAAAAAUCCAAACGAAGUAACCUGUGAAGAGGAAGAAGGCCAUAUUAGUUACCAUCCCGACAAAGCAGACUGCAAGAUGUACUACAUGUGCGAAGGCGAAAGGAAACACCACAUGCCUUGUCCAGCCAAUCUAGUUUUUAAUCCUGACCAAAAUGUGUGUGAUUGGCCAGAAAACGUAGAGAGUUGUUCACAAUUUACACCAGCGCCUCCACCAAGUUAAGUUAAAUUAUGUUGAGUGGGAGUAUUCAGACUGUAUCUGAUAAAUAUUUUAUUUUGUUUUAGUCAAAAGACAGCAAAGCGUUAAAUAUUUACUUUAUUUAAAAAAUGUAUCUCUACCUAAAAAUUAUGUUCUUUUAGAAGCCCCGUGGCAUAAUCAACGGCUAUAACUUACAAAAAAUUAAAAGGGUCAAUAAUUAAUGUAUAUUUUGAAUGUAGUGCUACAUAACAUAAUUUAGUAGAAUUAUUCACAUCACAUAAAACUAGCAAUUCUAGAAAGAUCCGGUUGAAUUUGACGCGAUAAAAACUUUCGAUAAGAUGCUGGUUGCAAGUGAUACAAAACGUGUGAAAGAUAUGAAUUUAUUGACUCUAAAACACUAAAUUAAACAGUAAAAUAUAGGGUAAGUCCGUUACACAUUGAACUGUCUAAAGUUUGAUAAACACGACACGUAUGCUUUGAAGUGAUGCACGCUAAGAGGGGUUGUUUCACCCAUAUGACUUUGGCCGUGGUGUGGCGAAUGCUUUUGCGACAGUUUCUUGGGUGACUGCCCUUAUCGUAUGAGGUCAUGUGGAUAUAUCGAUAUAAAAAUACCACGUUGCCACGUCAUAAGAAAAGACAUUAAAUUAAAUGAAUUAGAAGAGGGUAUAAACACCGGUGAUAAAUAGAUUACCAGCAAAAAAUUUAAUGUUGAUUCGUGUUUCAUUAUCUGCAUAUCAAGUUUAUGUAAGGAAGAGCCAGGUCCAGAAGCUAUGCGUUCCAGGAUCCAUGAAACUUCAUUUUUUGAAAAUACAUAUACUAUGCUCUAUAUAUCCUUCAGCAUUUGACGUACUCUGCCAUUCACCAUGCUGCUUCAACGUUCUCACACUGCCUCCAGCGUCUGCCAGAACAGUUACCGAUGUUCGACGAAUGCAGUGACCUAUAGGUAUACAUACUUUUGAUGAUCGCUUAAAACCAGAUAUUUUGCAAUGAUGAAGGGAAUUUCCAAAAUGUAUUUUUUCCAAAUGUAGAAUAGAACAGGCAAGAAAUACCUUCUUAAAGAUGCGACAGUUACUCUCUACCCGUAAUCUUGAUCUGUACCUACGAUACCGCAUGAUAAAGUGUUAUGUAUACAGGGUGACCCCGUAAAUUGUGCGUUCCUUAAAGGUAGAGGUAGAAUAGGCACAAUUUAGAGCAAAAUACUCUUAUAACAUUUUCUUCUAAAUUUAUCCGUUUAACCAAAAAACGAAAAUACAUUUUGAUAUACAAAUUGAAGUCUGGCAACAACGCGCAACUCAAAAAUCUAAAUAUUAAACAAGUAGGUUUGUAGGUCAGUUGCAUCUGGUAGGUAAAAUAAUGUAAAUAUCAACCAAACCCAUAUUCAUUAUUUUGCAGGUAGGUACCUACGAUGUCAACAACCCCAAAAAUCACACCUCAAAGUAAAUAAACAAGGGGUUAUUAGGUUAAAUUUCCACAGUCACAGCAAGUUCUUCUAGGCUACGUUGCCAUGUCAUUCAAAUUUAUGAAAAUAAAAAAUCACUUAUAUGGAGAACAAUGUAAUUUUUUUCUUGGAAACGGCGAACUUUAGAAAAAAAUGUUAAAGGACUUUUUUGUUCUAAAUUGUGUAUUAUAUCCUUACCUUAGAGGAACGCACUAUUUUCGGGGACACCCUGUAGAGUGUAUACGGCAUGGAAGCUUGGACGUUACCAAUUAGAUCGAUAUGACUUUUAAAGGGCUUUGAGAUGUGGGUAUUUCGUCGUAUGCUGAAAAUUCCAUGGACCGGUCGCGUUAGAAAUUAAGAAGUUUUAAGGUAUAUAAAUAGAGAACAACUCACAGAAAACUAGGAUGAUUACUAAAUUACCGGCAUUUGUAAAGUGUCAUUUUGAAAGGACACUGGCCUUAUUUGGGUUAAGUGUUUUAUUUUAAAAUUUAAUUACUUCAAUGUUUGACCCUAUUCAUACAUAUUAUAUACAAAUUUCUGGAAAUAUUUUUGAAUAUUUAAUGUUUUGCUGUCUUUUUAUACAGAUAUAACACAACAACUUAUAUCGUUUUUUAUAAUUUCCGUUAAAAAAUGUUUUUAUUCUACAUCAUCUUGAAAGAAUUAAUUACAAUUAUACCUACUUUUGACAGGUAAUCUUUAUAAGAUCGUUUAGUUAAAUUUUUCUUCAUUUAUCUAUAUUUAGUAAAAAUAGGAAAACAUCUAGAGUUUGCUUUUUUCUUUUUUGUCCUACUAGCCCUGUAUUUGUCUUUACUUUUCUUAUUAUACCCUUACUUACACUAACAUUUUUCAGGGUUUUUUCGUUUUUCAAUUUAAGUUAAAAUCUAUUUUCAUAUUUUUGCUAUUUUUUAUUGUGUUUUUAUAAUAUAUACCUACUUAUAAAUAAGUGCGACAAAAAUAGGCAACACAAUAAACUCAGUCCUUCCUCAUUCUUGUUAUUUUCUUUUAUUUUUCCUAUUUUGUCAGUUUUGGACACACUAUCCUUUUGAUUUAGGAAAGUUUUUUUAUGAUGAAAUUAUUUAUAGUGAAAAAGAUGAUGUAUCGAAAAGUGUUUUUGUCAAUAUGUAGUGAGAGUAAAUAAUGAUUUUAUAUAAAAUAAUUGUAUAAUGUAUUUAUAGAUUUUGUAAAUAUUUAUAUUUAAAUAAAAUAUAAGUUUUA